AUGGCGGCUCUCAGCAGAACGACACAGUGUUUACAUUCGUUAUUUUCGCGAGUGCAGCGAGUGGUUACAUCACAGUCCCGUAGUAUCGGUGACAUCUGGGUGGACGGAAGCUGUAUUGAUCCAUCUACUGGACUCACUGAAGACCAAAAAGAGAUGCGGAGAGUCGCCUUAGACUUUGCAAAAAAGGAAUUAUUUCCGAACAUGGCCACAUGGGACCAGGAAGAGUCAUUCCCAGUUGAUGUGUUGAAGCGUUGUGCGGCCCUGGGAUUUGGUGCUGUGUACUGUAAGGAAGACUGUGGUGGUACGGGACUUUCCAGGCUUGAUGCUUCCAUGAUAUUUGAAGCCUUAUCCCAGGGCUGUGUUAGUACUACUGCUUACCUCAGCAUCCAUAACAUGUGUGCCUGGAUGAUUGAUGAAUUUGGCUGUGACAACUUGCGGCAGAAGUUUAUUCCAGAUUUAGCAACACUGGACAAAUUUGCUUCUUAUUGUCUCACAGAGCCUGAUUAUGGAAGUGAUGCUGCUAAUAUCAAGACGACAGCUGUUGCCAAAGGAGAUCACUUUGUUCUUAAUGGAUCUAAGUCUUUCAUAAGCGGAGGAGGAGAGAGCAAUGUGUAUGUGGUCAUGUGUCGGACAGGAAAAGCCGGAGCUAAGGGAAUAUCCUGUCUAUUAGUUGAGAAAGGUUCCCCUGGACUUUCAUUUGGACAAAAAGAAAAGAAGAUGGGAUGGAAUUCACAGCCAACACGCCAAGUGAUAUUCGAGGACUGUGUGAUUCCUGUGGAGAAUCUGAUUGGAGAGUUAGGAGAUGGAUUCAAGAUUGCCAUGAGAGGCCUCAACGGAGGAAGAAUUAAUGUCGCUUCCUGCUCACUUGGUGGUGCCCAGUCAAGUAUAGAACUCUGCAGAGAUUACCUGAAAGUGAGGAAGCAGUUUGGAAAAACACUAGAUAACUUUCAGUAUUUACAGUUUCGGUUAGCGGAAAUGGCCACUAAUUUAGUUGUGUCCAGGAACAUGGUGAGAACUGCCGCCCGGUCACUGGACGAGAAUUGGCCGCAGAGGGUCAUCUUAUGUUCUAUGGCCAAACUUUUUGCCACAGAAGAGUGUUCAAAGAUAUGUAAUGAUGCAAUACAGCUCCAUGGAGGGUAUGGUUAUUUGAAGGACUACCCAGUACAACAAUACACACGAGAUACCAGGGUGCAUCAGAUUUUGGAAGGUACCAAUGAAGUGAUGAGAAUGUUAAUAUCCAGAGAUUUACUGACAGACGAUGAGAGGAAGUGAUAUACAGAUGGAAGCACCUUGAUAACACUGCUAUAAUAUUUCUGUGAUAAGAAAUACUGGUGUCUGGUGUAGCUUGAACACAAUAUCUGACUGAUGAAUAAUAUCAACUUAUAUCCGAAAAAUAUGAAAAACCAGCUGGUACUGUUACACAUGUCUGUGAUAUUGAGAGUGUAGCUACAACAUGUUUUACAGUGAACUUACUACCUAAUAAACAAUGACUGUAUUUAUCUGCUGCUCUACAGCUGCCCAGUGUUCAGUUGCGAUGUCAUAAUGUCUAUUUAUACUUACCGAGAUUAGUUUUAACAAAUCUGCUGUCAUUCAAUCAGGUUUCUGAAAUCUUGACCAUUUUUUGUGUAAGGGAGAAGUUUUUCAAAAUGAACUAUAGCGGCAUAAAGAGAAUGGUGUUUUAUAACAACUGUUAUUUCAGAUAUGAUGAAAUAGUGGUUAUCAUAGUGGUAACUCUCUUGAAAUGGAGGCGAUUUUAUGUCAUUGGGGUAGCAAGCUUGACAGCAGAUAUCAAACCACUGGUUGGUGCUCUUCAACAAUCUCAACAUUAUGUACAGUAGGUUUUUUUUUUUUUUUUUUCCAAAUAUAUCAAAUUUUGGCAGAUGAUAUUGUGAUAUUGAGAUAAUUUUUCAUUAUGAGAUUAUUUGUAGGACUUUGGAAGUAUUGAAAUUAUUUGUUUCUCUUCAUUCAGAUGUAUUUUCAUUUGUACAUUUGCCUGCAAAAUCUUGCUAUUGACGAGAUUUAUGUCUUGUUAACUCUAGCACAGGAUUCACAUAAAGGGCCAUAACUCCUCAGCUAUCGGGAAAGAGUAUUGUAUAACUAAAGAUAUAGGGAUGUCUCUUAUAUCCAUACCACCUAUACUUGUUGCUAGGGGUAGAAACACCCCCAUAUCGGUAUAUUUGAUUUUGGAACAAUCCUAACACAGUAAACUGAUCACUGAAAUAGUAUUGGAGAUAAUAUCAAUCAUGGGAGGUACAUGUAUCUAAUUUUGUAUGGACUUGUUAAGCCUUAUAACAAUAAAAAAACAAUCAUAUUG